AACUUAAAAGAAUUAUGUCUCAUGUAGACUAUUUUGUGCCCUGUAUUUUAUAAAUAUCUAUUUCAGAAAUGUAAAAAUUAAUCGUUGUAAUAUGGCGGCUUCAACAGCGCGCGAAUUUGUUGAGGGAUGGAGUUUAGCGCAAAUAUUAGGAGAAGGAGCCUAUGGCGAAGUAAGGCUGGUUAUAAAUCGUCAUUCUGGAGAAGCUGUAGCAAUGAAAAUGGUUGAUACAGCCAAGCAUCCGGAUGCUAAAAAUUCUGUGCGCAAGGAAGUUUGUAUACAAAAAAUUUUGCAUCAUCACCAUAUCUUAAGGCUGUUUGGACAAAGAUCACAAGGGAACAUUGAAUAUAUCUUCUUGGAGUAUGCAGCAGGUGGUGAAUUGUUUGAUAGAAUAGAGCCUGACCUUGGUAUGAAAGAUAAUGAGGCUCAGAAAUAUUUCAAUCAGCUGUUGUCUGGUGUGGAUUAUUUACAUAGUAGAGGUGUUGCACAUAGGGAUUUGAAGCCGGAGAAUUUACUUCUUGAUGAUAAAGAUAAUUUGAAGAUUUCAGACUUUGGAAUGGCUACUAUGUUUAGGAUGAAAGGUCGAGAACGCCUUCUAGACAAGAGAUGUGGAACCCUACCUUAUGUUGCUCCUGAAGUUUUAACUGGAACUUAUAAAGCUCAGCAUAUCGACUUUUAUAGUUUUCAUAUUAAUAUCUUUUGAUAUAUCUUACAUUUCAAAUUUUUUCCAGAGUUACCGUGGGAUCAACCAAAAUCUGCAUGUCCUGAAUUUUCUGCAUGGGAAAGAAAUUCUUAUACUUCGCUAACGCCGUGGACCAAGUUUAAUAAUUUGGUUUUGUCUUUGCUGAGAAAAAUAUUGUCACCCAAUCCAGAUAAAAGAAUUAACAUAGAAAACUUAAGAAAACAUAGAUGGUGCACAAUGAAACUAAUUAGUGAAGAUUCUCAAAUAUCUCAAAAAGAUGUGGUGGAUGGGCCUCCUUCAAAGCGAUUUUGUGGUAUAUCUAAUUAUGAAGAAAAUAUCAGCAAAUUCUCGCUCUCACAACCUUUAUUUGUACCGAAUGUUCAAGAAUAUGACAUUGAUUCCAGAGCUGAUGUUUGCUUCUCACAGCCGGUGCUUAUGGAUGACAUGAUCUUAAGUACUCAAAUGAAUCUCACCCAAAGUACAACACAGAACGUUUUCCAGAAGCUAGUUAAAAGAAUGACUAGAUUCUUUGUUAGCGGAGAGACUAAUGACGCCAUUAAAAAGCUCACUAGUUGCCUUGACAAGAAAGGAUAUACUUGGAAAGUUAAUGAAGGAGUGGUAACAAUAAACACAUUAGAUAGGCGCAAAAUGCCAUUGGUAUUCAAAGCUAAUGUAAUAGAAAUGGAUGAUAACCUAAUGAUUGAUUUCCGGUUAUCAAAAGGCUGUGGUCUAGAAUUUAAGAGAAGAUUUGUAGAAAUAAAAAAAAAUUUAGGAGACAUUAUAGUCAAAGUUCCUGUGGGUUGGCCUUUAAUUACAUGACAAUAUUUUUAGCAUAUUUUAAUAUUAUGAACUUAUGUAUAUCAUAAACAAUUUUUUAUAAAAAAAAAUUAUUUGUUGAUUAUUGAUUUGCUUCAAGAUUCUGUACAGUAUUAGACUG